AUGAAGCCAUUGAUUUUGUGUACGAUUAUCACUCUCUUCGGUGCCGCUUCAUCACAACUCCUCAUUCCAGCUUUCAACCGUCGCCCCACUCCAUCCAAGGACGACGACCAGCGGCCCCUCGCAAUGGAUCCUGUAGGCCCGGGCGGUCCUUCACUCCCGUCAUUUCUGAAGCCGCCACAUUCGCAGCCGUCGCAAGGCGGCGUGAUGCUGUCUGACGUGAUGGGAAAGGAGCGCAGCAUCAACACAUUUGCGGGAUUUAUACGCGACAUCCUGGAGUUAUCGCAACGCCUGGAAGAUUCGUCCCAGAACUCGACCAUCCUUGCGCCUCUAAACAGUGCCGUCGAGAAACUACCGCGCAAGCCAUGGGAGGACGCGAAAGACUAUGAUACUCUCGGCACAACUGCUUAUGAGGGUGAGGAUGGGCAAGAGAGGGCACAAAGGAAUUUGAGAAGAUUUGCAGAAGCGCAUAUCGUGCCGGCUAGUCCUUGGCAAGAGAAUGAAAAGGUCAAGACGCUGCUAGGUGAUAGGGAUGUGUGGUGGGAGGCUAAGGAUGGGAAGAAAGUGAUCCAGCCGGAUAACUUGGAGGUUGACAGUGUGGCUAGUAAGGUCGGCAACGGUGAGGUUUGGGUUAUCAAAGGUGUUCGAAACUACGCGUAA